CAAGAGAAGAAUUCCUUGCUCAGUAUGCGACUAACUAUAAUCUCAGUCCUACGAUAGAUCCUAUAACAGAUUCUACAUUUUAUUUUCAUCAUAUUCAUAUUAAUAACAUUGCUCAGGCAUUAAUGAGACUUAAACCAAACAAAUGUGCUGGUCUUGAUAAAAUCCCAGCAAAAGUUCUUAGGCUUUCUGCGGAUAUCAUUGCUCCCUCAUUAACCUACAUUUUCAACCUAUCACUUGAUACUAAUAUCUAUGUUGAUGAGUGGAAACGUGCGCAAGUAAUCCCAAUCUAUAAAUCAGAAGAUAGACGGAAAUGUGAAAAAUAUAGACCAAUUUCUAGACUCCAUAUUGUAAGCAAAGUGUUUGAAAGGGAGGUAUAUUUCGACAGCUGUAUGUAUCGCUCUGAUAACUCACUUCUAUCUAAAUUUCAAUCAGGUUUUCGCCCCAAACACUCAACUCUAUCUGCUUUAAUACGAAUGUGUGACGAUUUACUGAAAAACAUGGAUAACGGAGAAUUAAAUUUUGUAGUUUUCGUUGACGUUAGAAAAGCCUUUGAUUCCAUAAAUCACGAGAUACUGUUAGACAAAAUGCACAAUUUCUUCGGAAUAAUGGGAACUCAAUUAAAAUGGUUUGAAUCAUAUUUGAAUAAUAGAGUACAGCAAUGUUUGAUUAAUGGACAACUUUAG